GGUGCAAACUAAAGCUAUAGCUAAGGUACACACACAAGAAAAAAAAAGUUCAAAAACUUAUCUUCCACUAUACAAAACCCCACUAAACAAGGAAAAUUCUUCCAUCUCAUGCACCAUCAAAGAAAAUAGAAAUAAAUAAACAAAUCCUUAGGUAACAAACCUCUACCAUAUAAUAUAAGCUAAAACAUCAAAAUAUAUAACACUACAAUUAUCCCACCAUCUCUCACACUUUCUCAAAAUCACAAAUGGAUCAGGAACUCUUCUUCCCUUCUCCUCAUGCAUUGCUAAUAAUCCUCGCAUCAUCCUUCCUCCUCCUCCCCUCCAUCUCCUCCCAAGUUUGCCAAAAGACCUGCGGCGACAUCCCGCUUCGUUACCCUUUCGGUAGCGGCAGCGGGUGCGGUGACUCACGAUUCCACCCCUCCAUCACUUGCAAUGAUCAUCAACAACUAAUCUUCACAACUCACACUGGCUGCUACCCCAUCUCCAACAUAGAUUACACCAACCAAGUCCUCUACAUCUCCGACCCGACCAUGUCGACCUGCGCUUGCAACCAACCGAGCAAAGGGUUCGGCCUCGAUUGGGAUGCCCCUUUCACCUUCCACGGUGACACCAUCUUCGCUCUACUCGACUGCUCAAGCUCCUCCCCUGUUUACUCCCCAACCGGUAUGUUCAACGACCGAAACAACAACAACAACUCAUCUCGAGUGUCGCUUUGCGACAGCAGCCGAGGAAUGCCGAUUUGUGGAUUCUUGUAUGGGUGUAAGCCAAUAGUGAGCCUUAAUAUUCCAAUAUCAGGAUGUUGUGUUUAUACACCUGUGAAUUUUGGGCCUUCUUUUGAGAUGGAUUUGGAGAAGCUUAAGUGUGGUUCUUAUUCUGGGUUUUAUAGCUUUAAUGGAAGAGAAACAGAUGCUGAGAGCUGGAAAUAUGGAAUUGCUAUUAAGUAUAAAUUUGCAAUUGAUAAUGUCUAUCCAAGUUGGUGUUCGAGUUGUGAACAGAGUGGUGGGGUUUGUGGGUAUUCAGGUCCCGUUGGUUCGUUUAUAUGUAAUUGUCCUCCUGGAUUUAAUACAACUACUAAUUGUUUCUUUGGAGCUUCUUUCAACGGCGUUUCUAAGUUUCUUCCAUUCCAACUUCCAUGGAUUUGUAUGAUUAUUUUCUUAGGAUGGCUAUUGGUUUGGUCUUCAACAUUUUAGCAAAUAACUUCUCGAGGGCUUUACGUGAACAACUUGGACGGGAAAAAUGUAGCUUUCAUUUCUUCUUUUCUUUUCUUACAUCGUGGAAAGUCAAACUUCUAACUUUGACUUCACAACGAACAGUACAUCAAUCAUGUUGAUUUAAGUAUUAUUUGUGUUUCCAAAUAAGAUGAAAUUUGGUGUCGAAAGCUGUUAAUUAAAGUAAGAUUUUAUGAA